AUCAGCCAAGUCACCAUCCGCAUCAGAUUUCUUGCGCCAAGAAGGACGAGGAGCGCACUGCACAACUGCGAGUGAGCGCGACAGCAGAGCAGAGGGCGAAGGAGCUGUACCAAGACGAGAGGGUGCAAAGAAACACAACGACGCGACGCGAAACACAGCCGCCAAGUUGAGACGCAACUAUGGAGAAAGCGAUGUUGGGACGGUUCGGGAUUUGCUGCACUUUGCUUGUUGUAGCGCUGCAAGUAUGUCUGGCUUCAGUCAUGGUCAAGGUGACUCCAGAGGUGGAAGUGAUUAAAGGAGAGACUGCCAAACUGCCUUGCAGCUACACCACCUCUGCACCGGCCUCUGCUGUGGUCCAAUGGUUGAUUGAGGUUGCAGGUGCAAGAAAACAAAUUGCUUUCAAGUCUCCACAAGGUUUUGGUGUUGAUCCAGGCACAACAAUGACAGAUCGUUUAACCAUGGAAGACGACCUGUCCCUCACCAUCUCCAAAGUCAUGGUGGAAGAUGAGAGAAUCUACAUCUGCCAAGUGUCCGCAGGAACUGUAGGGUUCUCUGAAGAUAAGACCCAAGUCAAGGUUUUCUUUGCUCCAGAGAAGCCAACGAUCACAGGAAAUAAUCAGGCUAUUACCGUCAGUUCCGAAACUGACACCUCCUCUGAGGUGGGCAAGUGCAUCAGUAGGAAUGCUUACCCUCAGCCUCGUAUUAUCUGGUUUAAAGAUGCUACCCCUCUACCUGAAGUAAAGGACCAAAAGGAAAAAACAUAUAUGAUACCUAGUGUGGUGAAGGAAGCCUCAGGCCUGUACACCAUGACCAGCACGCUGUUCAUGCAGCCGGUUAAAGCCGAUGCUAAAUCUGUCUUCCACUGCACGGUGGAGUACAGCAUGCCAAACAACCAGAUCAAACAGGAGAGCUCCGAUAAGUUCAACCUCUCGCUGCUCUAUUCAACAGAAACUGUGUUCUUCAAACUGAAGAAUCAGGGGCCAGUCAAAGAGGGGGAUGAUGUGCUGAUGGAGUGUGAGACUGAUGGAAACCCUCAGCCAGAGUUUGAAUUUUAUAAAGAGGACACAAGACUGGAAGGAUUGAAAGGAACACUAAAAGUGAAGCGUGUCACUCGAAAGGAUGCUGGAAUCUAUAAGUGUGAUGCUCUGGAUUUUGAUGCCGAAGAUGGUGUUGAACUUAUGAAAACUCUUAGCUUAAAUGUACACUAUCUUGACCCUGUAUCAGUGACUCCAGAAGGCCCAUUGCUUGCUGCUAAAGGAGAUACUGUGGAGCUUCAGUGUAAGACCAAGUCCUCUGAUGAAUACACCCUGCAGUGGAAAAAGGACUCAAAGGAGCUGUCGCAGACGGGUGUGUUGACUCUCCAGUCAGUGACUCUGGCUGAUGCUGGCGUGUAUUUAUGUGUCGGAGCUGUACCUUCAGUGCCAGGUCUCCGAAAACAAGCCAAUGUCACCCUUACCGUCACAGGUGCACCUGAGAUUGCUGCUCCACUGAAUGGUUUUGUUGAUAAGGAAGGAGGGAUGGUCACUCUCAACUGCUCUGCUCUUGGUCAUCCUGCUCCACAGUUCACCUGGAAACCUUCUGGCAAAGAGUCCGUGACAGUAGUGGGGGAUAAGGUUAUCAGCACAGUCACUCUUGAGGCCUCGGCCGCGGUUCUGAAGGAUGGUGUGAUUUGUGAAGCAUACAACAAGCAUGGAAUAGACAGCAAGAACUUCAAGGUGUCCAUCAAAUCAGAUCCAGACAAAUCAUCAAAUCCCAAUGCUGCUAACCGAGGAAACCCUGUGUUUAAAACAGCGGAGAAACAGCAGGGAGGUUCUAGCGCUGUCGUGAUUGCCGUGGUGGUGUGCGUUCUACUGCUUCUCCUCCUGGUGGCUCUGCUCUUCUUCCUUAGUAAGAAGGGCAAGCUGAGCUGUGGGAAAAAGGACAAGAAGGAUAUGGCAUCUGGGGAGGUGAAAGGUGGUAUUGUGGUGGAAAUGAAAUCCAGUGAGAAAGGCAAUGAAGAGGCUGGUCUGCUAAACAAACCACAUGCAGAACAGUGAUAAAAACGAAGUAAGAACAAGAUCUCCAGAGACGUAAAGGAUGGUAAUGAAUUAAGAGUGCUCUGAUGGAGGAGAAGAGAGGAGAUGGAGGAACGAGAAGACAAAUUCAUUUUAGCUGUACAGUUUUCUUUUUUGAAAGAUUGUGGGAGGGGCUAUGAUGCUGAACUGAGGGUGGGUUUCAGUUUAGAAGUGGGAGGGGCAAUAAAUGUAAAUCUGCCAUUAUUUUGAUAAGGUAACAUACUGUGUCCUGAUUGUGUAAUCAAGCCAAUCUUUGUAGUACAACUCUAUUAAAUAGAGCGCAGCUUAAUGCAGAGUUCUUCUACCUAAAACAAAGCAGAAAAUUCACUGUGGACACUGGAUGUUGCUCUUCAUGCUGUGCUGCACCCUGGUUAUGUCGAUUAGUUCAUGUUGUUGAAAUACUGCAGUACAGCCUCUUUUUGCAUUACAAACUGCACUGUGUACAUUUGUGAUUGUGAACUGCACACGUGCCAUCACCCUGAUUAGUGAACCCUACAGAUAUGCUUUGGCCAUGAUCUGCAUGGAGCAUAUGGAUGUGCCAUUAUACACACUGUCCAGUUGUUCCUUUCAAUGCCUUAGAUAUUUUAGACCAUGCCUGCAUGUCCCACACCUGUAUGUUUUGAGCUAUAACCAAAAGCCAGAGGUGACGGGAAAGAAAUAGCGUGUGUGAGAAUCCCAUUCAAACCAUAUAUCUGAAUGCAUGGACCCAUUCCGCUCAAGUCUGAGAGUUGUGGAGGAGUUACAGAACUAACUCAAUCAUCUCAUUUCCUCUGUACUGCACUGAAUUCCAUUCGACAGCCCAAACAUGUUCAAAGACUUUAACCUAACUCUGUAAUUAUUACACAUGGGUUAGUAAGAGGACAGGUCUACAGGUCUUUUAAAAUGCAUCCUAAUGGGAUUAAUCGUUCACUGUUUUUUAUAUAACUCCACUAUUCUUUUUGGAUUAUUAAAAUGUUGAGCGUGAUUGGAAAUGAUCUACUCACUGAGCAGAAAUCAAAAUGAACAUACUGUCCCAAAAUACUAUUCUGUUUGAAGUUUUUCCAACGCUAUUAAUGUCACUAAGUUUUUCAUUAUUUAUAUUUAGAGAAACAUAUCAAAUUAAACACUUUCAGCCUUUUCUUAAAGAUUAAAAGUUUUUGCGCUCUGUUUAGUUAUGUGAAACCCCAAGGCUUCAUACUUUCAUAAUUCACACAACAAUGAAUUCUGUCAUCAUUUACACAUUCUCAUUAUCGUUCCAAACCUAGAUAACUUUUUUUCUUCUGUGGAACAGCUUUUGUACAUAAUGAAAGUCAAUGGAGUCCCAAACCAAACUGGAUCCCACUGAUUUUUAUUGUAAAAUAAAAACACUGAGAAUGACAUGAGGGUGAGUAAAUUAUGACAUAUCAGUAAAUUUCCUAUUUGGGAGAACAAUCACUUUAAAUUCUGAGAGCAAGGAGAUAAAAAUGAAAACUUGGUAAAAGUUGAAGGGCAGGGCCAGAACUUUUCCACUGCUGUCAGAGUGGAAAUAUUUUUUGUUAUUUAUCAAUAAUGUUGUCCAUUGCCACUUUCACUUUGUUUUAAACCAAAAAAAAUGAGUGAACAUGGGGUGUAAAAAUGAUUUCUUUAAGCUUGUAUAUGACGUUACAGGUUUCUGUGUUUUGCAUAUAUAUGUAUUUUGUAUCUUUCUCAGUAAAAGCACACGGUUGUUCAGGUGGCACAGCUGGAACAUUCUAGAAUCACUAUGUUGUUGGAAAACCCUGUCAUUUUUUCCCCAGGCCCAUAAUGUUAAACAAAGCUGUGAGCCUUGUUAUUUGCUUCAAAUAACAGAUUCACAAUCUGCUGUUCUUUGAGUCGGGUCCUCUGCAUGUCAGAGCAGCACCCAGGGACAGUUUUUCAAACAUUUACACAAUUUCUGAAUAUGGUCACAGACACUUAUACAGUAUACAUACAGUGUUUCCCUGUACCAACAAAACAGUGAUUGUAGAGUCUCUAAGCAGCAGGUUUGGUACAAUUAGCUGAGGGUAAAAAGAAGACUGAGGUGAAGUGAGGUUUGGAUUCCUUGAUUUGGACAAGACAUUAUUAUUUUUUUAUCUACUGAGUCUUUGUGUGUAGUUGAGAGUAUUUUAAUGAAUCAGUAUGUAUUAAUUGUCCAGUAGACACAUGGAACAUGAGCUAAAAUAUCUCUAAAAAUCUCAAACACUGGAAAAUGUAUGAUGGCCCGUUUAUGAAGGCCUCUCUUUUAGACUCCUCAUAGAAUAUUUGUAACUAUUAUCUUGAUGCUCUUUUUUACAUUUACUGAUCUCAUUUUGCAAAAUGUAGUCAUAUGUUCUGUCAAUGUAAUGUGUGAUUUAUAGUUAUGGUCAAUAUUUGCAUACAAGUUAUUUGAACUCCCAUUUUCUAAAAUAAUGUGUAACAAAAAAAAGUUUUCUUAAGAAUACAGGUCUUAACUACUGAAUGAUUUAGCAAUUUCGCUGGUUUUGCAAGAAAUAAGAGUGCUGUUUUGAAUAAGAUGUCAUACUUUAUGGAUGUCUGCAAUUGUUUGUGCUCUCCAGGUAUACUGUAUAUUUGUGGUACGCAUUUGUGAACUUUGUAGCUUGUCUUCUUCUGAUUGGAACUGUGUAGAGUUUAUACUGUCAGACAACAACAACUACAACAAAUCCCAA